AUGUCCUUGGCCUUCUACGGCUGGAAGGUGGCAAAGACUUCGACAAACUUCUUCAUUUGCGCCCUGUCCGCCGUCGACCUCAUCACGUGUUUCGUCCUUCUAGGCGAGGUAAUCGAACUAUGCUAUGUCGUUAACUUUCCCAGCGUUUUCCUUUGCAAGUCUCUCUACUUUUUGAAUCAAUGGCUGGUAGUCACGUCAGGCAUGAUGCUCUUCCUUGUGGCCAUGGACCGAUUCCGGAAGAUAUGCCGGCCUCUGAAGUGGCAGUUCACGGAGCGGACGUGUCGGCUGGCAUUCGGGGUAUUUGUAGCGUACGGUCUCGCGCUUUCGUUUCGGAACUUAUGGACAGUGAACGUCAUUGCCGCGCGCAUUCCGGAUGAUGAGCUUAAUCAGACGGUCAAUGUAUCGCACUGUACACUUGACUUUCAAAACUACAACGUCGCCGUUCAGUUCUUUCACUUCCUCGACCUUUGUUCAUUCGUCGUCAUCAUCGGUGGUUCCAGUGUGCUGUACGGUUUUAUUGUGCGCGAAAUCAUCAUGUCCCGAAAGCGUGUAGAUAGAUUUACUCGACGGAUACCGAACUUUGUUCCGUCGCCAUCGUCAAGCAAAGCGGACAAAGUCAUUCCAAAUGAACGAAGGAAUUCGUCUGAUAUCAGUUGUUCCAAUUUCGUUGUUGAGACAGAAAAAACAUCGGUCUCGAUAGAAACUGCGAGAACCCCAGUGUACAAUUCACAGAUGCUCGACAACAUCCUCCUGCGACGCGGAUCCAAACGAUGCCGACCAGCGACAAAUCUCCAGGUCAAAACGUUUGAGGUUGAAAAGAAAAUAACGUUCAUGCUGAUAGUGAUAACUGUCGUGUCACUCGUCAGUUUUUUGCCGCAUUUCGUGGUCAACCUUGCGUUGAAGGAAAGGAUAAUAAGCGCGAGAGAUGAAUUUACUGUUGAGGUUCAGUUCCUGCUGAGAAUGUUCAUGAUGAACAACGCUAUAAACCCAUACGUCAUGGCGAUAUGUAACAGACAGUUUCGACUUUUCAUCAAAACCAGUAUUCUGGGUUGUAAGGGAACACAAACGUUGGAGGUCAACUGA